UGACCAAUCACAGACCGCUUUACUUUGAGGUGGAAGACGCCGGUUGUACGCAUGCGCGCUGGCGGCAGUGUGUGAUGUGAAAAGAGAGGUAAACAGCUAACAGUUAAAACGAAAACAAAUAUGGAUCCACCGAAAGAUGUGCAACCGCCCAAACAGCAACCUAUGAUCUACAUAUGUGGAGAAUGUCACACUGAAAAUGAAAUUAAGGCUCGCGAUCCAAUCCGAUGCAGAGAGUGUGGUUACAGGAUCAUGUACAAGAAGAGAACAAAGAGAUUGGUCGUUUUUGAUGCCAGAUGAAGAAGAGGAGAGCAUCAGUUUUGAUUAUUUUGUUCUGUACUAUUUUUGUACUGUAUGAGCAUGUAAAUAAACCUCCAGGCUUGAAGCCAGAUUACUGAACUACCCUUAAAACUCAUGAUUUUGCCUGUGAGUGGCGAGUUUUGGUUUAUUAAAAAUGUGAUUUUCACUGAUCGUUA